CGCCGCCGCCGCCGCCGCCGCCGCCGGGAAGGGAGCGGACGGGGGCGGGGCGGGGCCGGGGGCGCCGGGGCCACACAAGGGGAAGGCGCCACCGCUGCCGGGAGGGUCCGAGAGCGAGAGGUCACGGCUGAGAAGGUAGGGCCAGCCAACUGCCGACUCUCGCCGCCGCAGUUCUCGGGGCUGAGCCCCUCGAGUAAGGUUCGCGCAGCUCCUCCGGAGUGCCCACACCCAUGCUCUCACCUAUCUCUCUAUUACUCUGGGCUCCGAGAGGCUUCCUUUCGGGAGACCCCCGACCCCUCUGCUCUCCAGAGCCCAGCGGCAGGAAGAACCUGCCAAAAGAGGAAGGAGGGCAGACGGAGGAUGUGUGGCAGCGUAGUCCGACACUUAGAGACUAGAGGUGGGGAGCAUCAGGCGCGCGCUUCUCUCUGCCCGAGUCUGACCUGGGAAAUCUCUGGCUUUCAGUGUCCCUGACAGGUAUCAGCCUCAGUCUGGUACAUACUGCCAUCCCGUCCGCCCGCACCACGGGAAACAAGUUCUUAUCCCCUAACCGAGAAGGUGUACUCCUCUAGCUCUCGUGUCCUGUGAUCACACUUCCAGGCAGAGGAGGAACAACUAGAAAUGGCAGCCACUGUCACUGGGCAGCCCCACAAGUGUCUGCUGACUGGAGGAAUGGGCCCCCGACUGCACACUGAAGGUUUCCAAUUCACACUUCUGCAAGCCACCCCUCUACACUAGCUACUGAUUCCUGACACUUCACAUUCCUCCCCAUAAUCCCACCUGCCUGUUCACACCCUGGCUCCCGCACACUGCACACUCUCCAGCCCCUCCCACACCCCUCUGUAUGCUCUUGACCACAACGCCCUUUCCAGUUCACCCACACACAAGCUCUGGAGUAUUUCCUUCACCACCGCCCCCUCCCCUGGCGCUGCAGUGGGCUGCUCAGCCGUGUGGCUGUGGCUUCACUCUCAUCUCCCAGAGUACACCAAGAGCCCUCUUGUGGCACAGCAGAGCAGCUUUUCCCUCAGCCUAAGCGCAACUCAUGGGUUGACUUCACAAGGAAAGGACUUUCUUGCUUCUGCAUCUUUCCCUGACCCCAGUUUCUUCUAUGUUUUGGAUUAGAAGGGAAGAGAAAGGGGAAAAUGGGAAUGUUGGAAAGGACACAGAGAUGGAGCCCCACAGGAUUCAGCUGGGAGGAACUUUAGCAAGCACAGUGCAAUCUCCUUAUGGAAGCCCAUUGGCACAACAUGGGUUCAUGGCCGAGCUAGGUCUCCUGACUUCCAGGCCCACCUUCCCAGGAAUGCUCCCAUUCCAUUCCUCACCAGCCUUGGGGGAAGGGAACCCGAGAAGGCAGAUGUGAAGGAAGGAAGGAACAGAAGGGGGCAGCCAGUCUUGAGGAUGGAAAGACUAGGUUUCGAGGGCCUUUCUCUGGGUAGGACCCCUGCACCUCACUACUUCUUAGGCUACUUCCUCCAGCUCCCCUCAAUGGACUCUUCCAAAGUCACCCAGAUGCUAGUUCUGAUCUGCACAGAGAGCACGACCUUUCCUUCUGGUUCCCAUAUUUAGCCUAGACUACAGGCCUUCUGGACUCAACAUCUAGGACUUACAGCUGUUAGUCCCUAGUCCCAGGUGCAGUCUCCCUGAUCUACCCUGGACAUCUGCACUGCUGAGCCCCCCACCCUCACUCGAGGGUGGUCAGCCUGUGGGAUGGGCCAGGAGCUGAAGGCCUGUGUGUGUAGCGUGUGGGGGUGGCCCUUGGUUGUGUGUGUGUGUGUUCAUGAGGGGGCCUGGUUUCCCAGGGCCCAGGGAUCUGGAUGGAAUUAGGGGCUGGCCCUGGCAGGGGCCAGGAUGGGGAGUGUAGGGGUGCUGGAGCAGGAAACGUGAGCUGCGCUCAUUAGCCCCUCACGUGCUCAGCCGGAUUUAUAAACACAAGUAGAAGGGGAUGUAAACAAUCAGUGGGCAGCAGCCAGAGGCAGAGCUGGGACUGGGGACCAAGGCUGGGGGAUGGGUCUGGGAUGCAGCCUGAUGGUAGCCUCCACCUGCAUACCAUGAGCUGGAGAGGAAAGCCAAGAGCUGGGCUCUAGCAAUCUGCCCCUGGGCACUGGGAGCCUCGGGCUCAGCGCUCACACUGAGCUCAGGUGUCCAUGCCUUCCAGCUUGGCUGCCUGAGAUAUGGGUACAUCUUGCCCAAGAUCAGAGCUGCCAUAGGACAGAGCAGAGCCCUUUACUUCACCUGCCCUUUCUCCUCUGCUGACCUCUGCUCUGAUCCCUACGACUCCCGACUCCCAUGUGCUUCUUUCUGCUUCUCUCUAGGACUGGCCAGUAGGCUCCUUCUGUUCUCCUGUGUCCCCCACCCCCCAGCCUGCAGUGACACGGUUACCUCAGAACUGAAAUAUUCCUGGAAACACCGGCCUGGUCUGGUUAAUUUCAUGAGCCGUUUUUCUGCCCAGAUGACUUAGCUUUUGUUUAUCCAAAGGCUUUCCCCCCCCUGUUGUCCCAGUGUAAGGAGCUCUUCUCCCCAGGGAUGUCCCACAGGGCCCAGGAAGGGAGGGGGAGACAUGCUUCAGGCUGGGCUCCUGACUGUACCUCCUGUUAUGGGACAGACAGAGCCUAGUCCAGGAUUUUCUGGAUGACAGGGCUGCCUCCGGCAGGGUGGGGUGAAAAGGCCAGCCAAGCCUCUACUUUCUGCUUUGGCAGGACUUUGGCAAUGCCACUAACUUCCAGCAAAGGCAUACUCCAUCCUAAAAGCUGUCUUGAGGCUGGAAGAGCCACUUAUCAUGGUCUCUCAAACUAACCCUUCAUGAUACCCACAGGGUCCUACAAGGGGCUUAGCCACAUGCUCAGGGCUGAGUACAGAGGAGGAGGACUUGGACAUAUUUGGAGAUUCAAUGAUCAAGGACUAGAAAGGAAAAACAGUCAGGUAAGAAGUAGAGAAAGGACCAGGGAAGGAACACUGGCUACAGAUAAAAGAGAGAAAAGUGGAGCCUGUUUGCCCAGGAAGCAGUUAAGUGUCUGACCCUGCUGUCUGAAAACACAUGUGAACUUACACAUAUGUGUACGUGUGCAUGUGUGUGCACUGGAGCUCACACACACACACACACACACACACACUCAGCAAAGAUCCUUUCAUUCCAAAGACCAGGGUUCCUAUGCUCCACCUGCAGAGCUAGCUAGCCAGCUAGUCAAGCACCUGCUAAUCUGCCCUGAGUGUUUGUGCCAUAGCAAAAAGCCUCAGCUGCCUCCUGUAUUCUCAAUGUGAUAGACCCUCUAAAGCCCUAAAGACUGAGCAUUAUGACAGACUCUAACCCUAAUCUAGUCUUCAUGCCUUCUUAACGCCACACCCUAUCCGGUGUCUGAAUACAGUCAGGUUGUUAAGCCGAUCCACUUGUUUCUAUGAAACAUGUCAUUAUAGAAAAAUCUGGAAGUAUGAAAUGUAAACUAGAGGAAAGAAACCACUUGAUCUCAUACCUAUCUAAGCUUACAAUCCAAAAUAGCCCUGCUUUUUGUGACAUGCCAAACACCAUUCUAUCUGAUGUGUAAAGCAACAAAUUCACAGAUCUUGAAGGCAAACCUUCUGCUUGCCCAGACCUAACCACAACCCCCUCCUGGACUCAAAUCUCAACCACACUCAUUCAACCAAAUCCCAAAUCUAAAUUCAUCUGAAAUGUUAAGACUAACCUAGUCCUCAAGUCUAACUUAGCCCAUUGGUAAUUAUACUCCUACCCUGACCUAGCCCAGAUAGGCACUGAUUUUGAUCUUGGACCUCACCUAAAAAGCCAUUUAGAAAAGCACGUUUCCCACCUGACUGUGGCCCUUUUCCCAGCCUCAACUCCUGGCUUCUGGGACUCAAACUCUCUGCUUUCUUUUGUGGCUCAGCCCGCCUCUUCAGACUCUCCUCUUUCUGCUUGAUGCUCUCCCAGUAAAGAUAGGCAGGACACCGGCAAGGCCUGUUGGUGCAAGCCCAGCAUCCCUGCUACUCGGGAGGCUGAAGCAGGUGGAUCCUAAGUUCAAGUAGCUUGGGAGACUUAGGGGGACCCUGUCUCAAAAAACAGAGAAGGGCUGGGGCUACAGUCAGGUGUUAGAACACUUGCCUGCAUGAACAGGCCCUGGGUUUAAUCCUAGCGCUACUGGAAAAAGAAGUGGAGGAAAUCAAACUUGUACAUUGCUACUAAGGGGAAUGCUAUGUCCUCUUAUACUUCAACUAACCCCAUCCUCCCCUCACAACACCCAGAAAACACCCUAGAGUACACCGCCACUUCUCAUCCACCAACCAUCUUGGACCCUUCAGCUUGACCUAGGCUGUGGAACCUUGGCUUUUCACUCUUGCACAGGGCUCACUGCGCGCAACUUGCCAGAGCUAACAUAUGCCAUAUCUCCACCCCCUAGUUCCUGCGGCAGUGGGACUAGUUCCUGCAAGGCAUGGAGAAGACGCCGGGAUACAACUGGGACUCCAGUGUAUUGAUACAAAGUCCCUAAAGCCUGGCCUGCCCCUCUGGGGGACUCGUGGGGGAUGCUAGCUUGCCUAUGCGCAGUGCUGUGGCACCUCCCUGCAGUGCCAGCUCUUAAUCGCACGGGAGAUCCAGGCCCUGGCCCCUCCAUCCAGAAAACCUAUGACCUCACCCGCUACCUGGAGCACCAACUCCGCAGCUUGGCUGGGACCUACCUGAACUACCUGGGGCCCCCCUUCAACGAGCCUGACUUCAAUCCUCCUCGGUUGGGGGCAGAGACUCUGCCCAGGGCCACCGUCAACUUGGAAGUGUGGCGAAGCCUCAAUGACAAGCUGCGGCUGACCCAGAACUAUGAGGCCUACAGCCACCUCCUGUGCUACUUACGUGGCCUCAACCGUCAAGCUGCCACAGCUGAACUUCGGCGCAGUCUAGCACAUUUCUGUACCAGUCUCCAGGGUCUGCUAGGCAGCAUUGCAGGUGUCAUGGCAGCUCUUGGCUACCCACUGCCCCAGCCUCUGCCAGGGACUGAGCCAGCCUGGGCCCCUGGCCCUGCCCACAGUGACUUCCUCCAGAAGAUGGAUGACUUCUGGCUGCUGAAGGAGCUGCAGACCUGGUUGUGGCGCUCAGCCAAGGACCUGAACCGGCUGAAGAAGAAGAUGCAGCCUCCGGUGGCGCCAGCUACCCUGCACCUGGAGGCCCACGGCUUCUGAUCUCUGACCCUUAACACUCCCACCCCCAUCCCCAGUCAGCUGUGCCUCCAUUCUGGGGUGAAAAAACCUGAGUACCAACAUUUGUUGAGCCGGGAAACAGACAGUGGGAGCUCUGCCCUCCUUACCCUUGGAUGGGAAGUGUAGGCGUGUAGCUUGAUAAGCCCUGUCUCCUGACUAGCUCCCGGGGUCCUAGGGUCUGGGAAGAAGGUGCAGUGGGUACCACCCUGUUAACACAGAGGUAGCACUUGAGGGAGCUGAAUGGCUCAGGUGGCUGUAAAGGCUCUCCCUCCUGCUUUCUGCUUGCCACUUGCCAGUACUCACUCAGUUCCUCAUGUGGCACUUGCAGAAGCACACCUGAAGGGCAUGGGUGGGGGCCACUGUAGCAUGUGCCUUGCUGGGGUAAAGACUCUUGGCUUCCCUCCCUCUCCUUGGAUGGGUGUUGCUCCCCUACCCCAAUAACUACAUAUCCUGUUCAGGAAGCAAGGCAACCAGUCUAAAGAAGAGUGUGAUAGAAGGUGGAGGGGGUGGGGCUAUGCCGGAGGUAGCCUAGAAACCAGAUGUAAUAUUAAAAGAAAAGGCCAGGGACAGACCAGCCCCAGCAGUCACCAAGGCAAUUGGUGGCACAGGGCGGGAAGCAAAGCCAUGUUGAGCAUCAGGACCUUGCCUUGAAUUUUCUUGCCGGCAUCUCGGUGCCUCCUCUCUGCCCCCUUUCCCAGGGUAUCUGUGGUUGCCUGGGCUGGGGAGGGCAGCCAUAGCCACAGCCACAGGGUUUCCUGAAAGUUUACAUUGCAGUAGCAUUGUGGGGUGAGGGGGAUGGCUCCCUCAGGCUCUAUCCCCAGCCCACCCACUCAUGACUCUAAUUUUGUUGUAUUAAUAUUUAUUUAUUUGGAGAUGUUAUUUAUUAGAUUAUAUUUAUUGCAGAAUUUCUAUUCUUGUAUUAACAAAUAAAAUGCUUUCCCCAGA